AUGUGGAACCUUCAGAAAGAUUGUAAAAGUCUCAUAAAAAACAGUUGGAAUACCAUGGUUGUUGGCUGCCCCAUGUACAUCCUGAACUCAAAGCUCAAGACCCUCAAGAGCAAUCUCAAAGAUUGGAAUAAGGCUUCUUUUGUAAAUGUGCAUGAAAAAGUUAAAAUUGGUGGACUCAAUCUUGAUGUUGUGCAAAAAAAUAUUGAUUCUUUAGGCCAUUCUGACACUCUUGUUGAACAGGAAAUAAUGUUAUAUUGGAGUUGGAACAUGCUCUCAAUGUUGAGGAUAUUUUUUUGGAAAGAAAAGUCCAAAAUCAAAUGGGCUUUAGAGGGAGAUAUAACUACUUCUUAUUUUCAUAAGCUCGCUAAGAUCAACCACUCCAUCAAGAGAAUUAUGGCCUUAAGAGUGGAGGAUAAUAUCAUUACUAACCAAUUGGAUAUAGCUUUUCAUGUAGUUAAUCGUUUUACUAAUCUUUUUUAUUCUUCCUCUCUCCUGCUGGAUAAUGACUUAAUUCAAAGGGUUAUUCCUAAUCUCAUCACUGAUGACAUCAAUCAUAUUCUUGCUUUGAUGCAUUCUGCUGAGGAAAUCCAUCAGGUUGUUUUUGCUCUCAAUCCUUCUAGUGCUCCUGGACCUGAUGGAUUUGGUGGUUGUUUCUAUCAAACUCAUUGGGACAUCAUUAAAGAGGAUGUUAUUAAUGAUGUUUUAGAAUUCUUCUCCACAAGUUGGCUCCUCCCUAACUUUAACUCCAACACUUUAGUGCUCGUUCCCAAAGUUGAUAAUGCUGACAGAGUUGAUCAAUUCAGGCCUAUUGCCCUAGCCAACUUCAAAUUCAAAAUCAUCACCAAAAUUCAGGCUUAUAGACUUGGUACCAUCAUGCUCUCUCUGAUUUCUAAGGAGCAAAAUAAAUUUAUCCAUGGCAGACUCAUUAGAGAUUGCAUUGCCAUCACUUCUGAAGCUUUCAACAUUCUUCUAAACAAAUCUAUUAAUGGAAAUCUUUGUCUCAAGAUUGACAUGGCCAAAGCCUUUGACACCUUGGAUUGGUGUUUUCUCCUCAAAGUUUUGAGACAACUUGGCUUCUGCAACACCUUUUGUGAUUGGAUAAGCACUAUUCUUCAUUCUGCUAAGAUUUUUCUCUAUCAAUGGUUCCCUUCAUGGUCACUUUUCUUGCAAAAGAGGGGUCAGAUAAGGUCAUCCCUUGUCCCAUCUUCUUUUCUGCAUUGCUGA